CGCGUGUCACGUCCCUAUCCCAAUCAAAAGAACCCCAACAAAUCAAAGUAAGAAACGGUCUGGUCACAAGUACACACUAACAUCACACCCAAAAAACAACCCCAACACAUUUCACAUUUCACAUUUCACAUUUCACAAACGCUACUCUUCAUCCCCUGUUUCAUAGUCUGCUUUUUCUUUCUCAUAUUUUCCUUCAUUCCCAGUUUCCACACCUUUCCCACAAUUCACUAUUUCUCUCGCCAUGCCAUCUCGACAACUGCCCACGUCUGCACCACCUCCCAACCACCGCGUCUCAACCCCUCUCUUCGCUUUCACCGCCUCCGUCUGCUCUUUAUUCUUUCUACUCCUCCUCUGCCUCCGGAAGCGUAAACGAACAACUCCAUCCUCCAACCCCCCUCACCCGUUCUCCUACCCCGUCCUCCGCCGCGCCACGAACUCGUUCUCGACGCGCCUCGGCCACGGCGGCUUCGGCCCCGUCUUCUCCGGCACCCUCGCCGGCGACCCCGUCGCCGUCAAGCUCAUGGACUCCGCCUCCCUCCAGGGCGAGCGCGAGUUCCACAACGAGCUCUUGUUCGCGUCCAGACUCCGCUCCCCUUUAGUGGUCCCCGCCAUCGGAUUCUCCUCCGACCCAAAACGACGCCGUUUCCUCCUCGUCUAUCACCUCAUGCACAACGGCAACCUCCACGACGCCCUCUUGCGCCGCAAAACCCCCCACCUCACGCUCUGGAAAAACCGCUUCUCCAUAAUCCUCGACGUCGCAAAAGGAAUCCACUACCUCCACUCCCUCGAACCCCCCAUAAUCCACGGCGACAUAAAACCUAGUAACAUUCUUCUCGACAAUUCCUUCUCAGCAAAACUAGCAGACUUUGGCCUCGCGCGCUUAAAAUCGGAGAUAGAAGAAUUCAAACUAAAACGCGAGGAAAAGAAAAAGGAAGAGUCGGAGAGCGAUGCUGGUUCCGAAUUAGAAACUCAGAGCGUCAACACCGAACAGUCAUUUGAUGAUACUGGCAGAGAGAACGCUGCCUCGGAUUAUGUGAUGGAUUGGAUUGGGAAGGAGGUGAGAAAAGAAAGGCCGAACGAGGUGAAGAAGAAUGGUUCUUCUUCUGCUGCUGCUACUGCAGCAUCGAGUAGUGGAACGGUGGAGAAGAAAAGUAGGAAGAAAUUGGAAUGGUGGGAAUCCAUGGACGAUAGUGGGGUUUUGAAGAAGGAGAAGAGGAGACCAGCAAGGGAGUGGUGGAAGGAAGAGUAUUCCGAAGAGCUUGCAAGGAAGAAAAAGAAAAAGAAGAAGAAGAAGAAGAAGAAGAGAAAGGGUAACGAUGAUGAUGAUAAUAAUAAUUCGGAGGUAGAUGAUGUAAAUGUGAAUGUUUACAAGAGGGAGAAGAACAGGAGUAGGAACAGUCGGGGUAGUGUAGAUUCAUGGUUCAGCGGUGAGCUGAGAGGAAUUCGAUGGAAUAGUUAUGAUUCCGGGACAGGGAGUGGAGCAAAGAGUGGGGGUGUGAGUAGCACUCCGAGCAUGAGGGGAACGGUUUUCUACGUUGCUCCAGAGUAUGGCUACAAUGGGGAUGCGUCUGAGAAGUGUGACGUGUACAGCUUCGGGGUAUUGUUGCUAGUGAUUGUUUCGGGGAGGAGGCCGCUUGAGGUGACGGGUUCGCCGGUAUCGGAGUUUCAGCGUGCGAAUCUGGUGUCUUGGGCGAGGCAAUGCGCGCGGAGAGGGAAGCUUCUGGAAGUGGUGGAUGAGAGUGUGGAAGGGAUGGAUAAAGAGCAGGCUAGUAUGUGUGUAACGGUUGCGCUAAUGUGCUUGCUAAAGUCACCUGCUCGUCGUCCUUCCAUGAAGGAGGUUGUGGGAAUGCUCAGUGGGGAGAUGGAGCCGCCGCUGUUGCCGCCUGAGUACUCGCAACAGGCCAAGUUCACGUUCAAGUCGCGAAAUCUCCAUAACUAAUAGGCGGAACGAAUGAGUUCGGGAUCGAAUCUGCUUUCUUGAUCAUUUUCAUGCAUAAAAAUAAUUCUAUCUAUCGGCAAGAUUGUAUAUGGAUUCUGAUUCGUAAUGGGCAAUAUCAUGGUUCAUAUAUGCAAUUCCACGGUCCGAUUGUUCAAAAGAAAGGCGCACAUGAGUGACAAUGGAUAGAGGUUGCAUAAGGUAUUAUAAUAUCAAGUUUCAUAUUUACAUUUUAAAAAUGUUUAUCCCUAAAGUUGUAUUUGGAUGUUAGUAACUUUAGUUUCCAUUCCUCCGAUUGAAGUAAUAAGUUUCAUAUUAUGCAACAUGUUCAUAUAUAAACAA